UAGUCGUCUUAUCAUCCGAAAAGCGGACACGAUUUUGGAAGUCAUGCAAAAGUAAGUGUAGGGUGGGAGCUGAUUUGAUCAUGAAACGAAUCAGUGCUAGUUAUUUUCUUAAGAGUAAUGAGGAAGAAGUCGGGGAAUCUAUUCGACUCGACACUCGAGAUGUCGUUUUAACCGCCUAGCUAGUGCAGCAAUAAAAGUGUUUGUGCCCCGUGCAAUGCUAGAAAGACUUAUUAGACUAUUAAAAACGGUUCUUAAAUAACAAAUACGAAUCGUGACUAAGUGUGUGUGUGUUGCGCAUUUUGGUGAUUACAAAAAUCCUAGCUCAGCUUUUUGUUUGGCUAGAGCUAGAUCAAAGUAAUUUGUGUUAACAGACUAUUGUAUUGGUAAAUACAGUGUUACAAACGGGAUCAUUUUUCAUUUAAUGGGGAAUACAUUACGGCAUAAAAGUGAUACGUUUUCUUCUCCACUUCACACUUUUCCUAGUCAAUAAAACGUCUUGCGAAAUCCCUCGAUAAACUUCAUUAGUUCAUUUUAGCUAAUUUGACUGGGCCGCCAAGGAAUCGAUCUAUCUUAGAAUCGAUACCUACACAGCUGAUUUAUUUGUUGACAUUUGAAGACGUGUUUUCACGUGUUGCACAACUUGGCACAAAGAAACACAAACAUCAGUAUUUAUUAAUACCUUGACUUGAUCCUCAUAGAUUGAAUAAUUUGAUGCAAGUGAACUCAGAUAAUGGAGGUGACUGCUUUGACUCUCAAUUGCUGGGGCAUUGCCGGUGUUUCGAAAGAUCGAAGAACUCGUAUAGAUGCCAUCGGAAGUCAUCUGCAAUUAGGCCACUAUGAUUUUGUUUUCCUGCAAGAGGUUUGGGUUGAAGAUGACUUUCAAGCGAUAGUAAAACAAGUUGGCAACAUUUUCCCGUACAGCCACUACUUUCACAGUGGUGUCAUUGGUGGAGGAAUAUGCAUUUUGUCCAAGGCGAAAAUAAUUGAUGUGCUUUUUCACGCUUGGUCCUUGAAUGGAUACAUUCAUAAAAUUCAACAUGGGGAUUGGUUUGGUGGCAAAGGUGUUGGUCUAUGCACUGUUGUUUACCAUGGCAUGAAAAUCAAUCUUUAUGUCACCCACCUCCAUGCAGAAUACAAUCCGGCAAAUGACGAAUACUGUGCCCAUCGCGUAGUGCAAGCAUUUGAGACCUCACAGUUCAUCCGUUAUACCCGGAACAAAGCUGACUUCUGCAUCCUCGGUGGCGAUUUAAAUACCGAACCGGAAAAUUUGGCAUACAGGCUCAUAUGCGAUCAUACUUCGUUGAAAGACUUGUACCUCUCGACCGGAAAACCGGAAAUCGAAGGUAUGACCAGCGAAACACCAGCCAAUUCAUACACAGCAUCGGAAAGCUUACGGGCCUGUCCAAAUGGCAAACGCAUCGAUUUCGUCAUGUGCAGCUCGAGGAAAGGCCUUCAGAUCGAGACAAUCGACGUCAACAUUCCACUGCCACCCCGCAUUCCAAACUAUCCUUUCAGUUAUUCCGAUCACGAAGCAGUUUGUGCUAAAUUUCGAAUCCUAGAAACCCAGUCCGUUUCCGCCAACCAGAAAUGGAGCAAAGACACGUCCAUCUCGUCGUUAAAGGAAGCCUUACAGGUGUGUGACGCUGCGCUGAGGAAUAUUGCCAACGACAGACGCAACUAUUGGCUGGCUUUCGGUAUAUUCGUCGUCCUUUUGGCCGCAUUGCCGUUCACGUAUGACGGCUCACGCAUUGUCCACUACACCUUGACGGUCACCCACUUGCUGCUCACUCUAGUCGCUGUUUUUUGCCUAAUCAUGGCCACCGUAUGGAACCGGAUCGAGCGACACGGCAUAUUAGCUGGUAAACUUGCCAUAGUCACUCGAAUCCAAGCCCUCGAAGAUUCCUAAAUUCCCGUAAUGUAUUUCAGUAUUAAAGUUACGAAAUAAUGUAUAUUACAAUUACGAAAAAUUCGACGGUUAUAUUCCAAAAAACCCAAAACACCCAUUUUAAAUACAAGUUAUUCCUGCCAAUAGAUGGCUCUGUCA